AGAACGUUAUGCUAAAGUAUGCAUGCACGAGGGUCGGUCCAAUGGUCAGGAAUCUCGCGAGUUCGUUCGUUCUACGGCGGCACGUAUCCGGACCCGGUACUCGUUUCUCCUUGACUCCGGUAUUCGCGAAUCGCGGCGACGUCACGUCCUUUAUCGCAUUAUCGUCGUCGUCGUCUUCUAUCACAUCGUUAUCUUCAUCGUCGUCGUCGUCGACGUCGUCAUGAGUGUGGCGGGGGAGGCGGCGCUAAGCCGCGACGCGCGUGAACUUCCGGUCGAUCGGUAAGGUGGAGAUCGGCCCGGCCUUGGGGCAACAAGAGGGGGCACUGGCGGGGGAUGAUUCCAGCGUAAUGACGAUCGGCCCGAAUUGUUGCGAUGGAAUAUGGGAUCUGGAGUCUUCACGUCGCGGGUGAACUUUGGGGUGACCCGCGUCUCGCCCGAAGGCAUCCGAUUCUGCCUCCCGGUGCCACGCAGAUUUUACCGAGGGCCGCCUUCGCUCUGAGCGCCCUUCAUCGGCCCGAUAUGCUGCCGCUGCCGCUGACGGCGGCGGGGCCGCCCUACGUCCCUAUGGAGCUGGUCACGAAACCAGCAUCGGUUGCCUCCACCAAUGCAGAGGAUGCCGAGGACGGUGAGAAGAGUACGAACGCCGAAGACGAGGAUUUUCAGCAACGCGACGACAACGAAGGCAACAUCGAAAAAACCGAUCAGAACGAAAAUCAGACCUGUGUGCCAACCGAAAACAAUGACAACGAAGAUGCCGGUGACGAGAGCGACACCGGUAGCACCAACAGUUCGCACCAAUCAGCCAACAACAAUCUGUCAAUUGCGAAACUUCCUGAUCCGAUGUCGUGCUUGGCUCUCGACAAGGAAGGAACGAUGACCCCAGUUCUCAAUGGUUGGGUGCUGGGCGCUUACACGGCGAUGCUGGGCAGGCUGACGGCCGCCACCGCGGCACUCGAGGCAACGGAAGUUCUCAAUAUUCCCUCCGACAGCGAUUCCGAGAGCGAGCACUCUUCCUACACUGAAAAAUCGAGAGGCAGCAGCCCAAAUGUGAGUAGCGUUCACCGCGGCUACUCGUGCGGCUCGUGCGACGUAAUGGCGCCGACGAGGCCAGCCCUGAGAAAACACAUAGCCGAUUGCCAUCCAGCACUGUCCGGCACGGAGACUGGCGAGACCAAGAGGUGUCCGUCCACGGGCUGCGACUUCACGACGAGCAGCAGAUGCGAGAUGGAGACCCACGUGGCGGCGCAUGUGGCCCAGGGGAUGACUCCCACGGGAAAGAAGCGCUCGCUGGCAUUGCAACGCGUCAGGUAUAGAUACGAGAGAGAGGAGUAUCGAUGCUCGCUGUGCUCGUACGCGUGCACGAUCGAGAAGGCGUUCCAGAGACACCUGCGGGCGCACGCGAGGGGCACCGCGCCGGAGACAAGGGUGAGCUGUGCCGUUUGCGGCGCCGACCGAUCUUCCGAGGUCGAUCUCAGCAGGCAUAUGCGGAGGCAUCGCGAUGACCGGUACUUUUGCUGUGACAUCUGCAUCUUUCGCACGGUGCAAUUGAAAAAACUGAUACAGCAUCGGCGCAUGCAUACGGGCGAGAAGCCGCAUUUGUGUCCGCACUGCGCUUACCGGAGUGCGCGUCGCGACAAUCUGCGCAGCCACGUACGACGAGUACACAAGAAGGAGAACCUCUACUGCGACACCUUCAGCCCACGUGGCAUGUUGAUAACCCCUUCGCUGCUGGCCUCUUCGAGAGACGCCGAGAGCGUCGAUCCGGCGCAGAGUCCAGCGUCCUCGCCGUCCUCGAAUCCGGAUGCGACUAACUAGCGAAGAUGCCCCCGGGAAACGAGGAGAACAGCAGCCCGGUCGGGAGAUUCGCGGAGGAAGAGAACUACGACCUACAGGCUCUUUAUACGUCCUCAUUUUGUCAAUACUGCGAUCUAGAUAUUAGAAUUCACAGGGAAAGCUUGUUCACAAAUGCUGAAUUCGAUAGACAGUCGAAAAAGAAUCGCAACUGGGCGAAAAUUAAGUCUGGAGAGAUAAAGUAAAAAGAGUAAACAGCUAAGGUAACUUGAGGAAUUGCAAACUGAGAAAUGUUGUCGAUCAAGUGCAAAAGAUUUGACGGAAAGCGACUGUUCUCCAAAUCAGCAUCGGCAAGCCUUCCCCUCUUAGGCACUAGGGAACGUAUAGAUUAUUGCAUGCGAACAUCGAUAAUUUAAUGUAAUCUUUGAAUUCUAACGAGAUCUUGUAUUAGCUAUGUAAACGUCCAGGUGUUAUAUCGCGUAGCCGAUCCAACAAAGUAUAACGAUCGGCUAUCCACCCGUUCGAUCGAUGAUGACGAACGGGGAAAGCUGCAUGAUGGUGCUAGAAUCGUAGACUGGAUCACACGGAGAAAGACUGAAAGUAGAAACGAAUUCACGGCGAGACGUGACGUUGAUCGUCUUUUACGUUCUUCCGCACUGACUGCCGUGACUAAAAAAAUAAAAAAAAAAAGAGGCAGAAGAAAUUGCAAUUCAGCGAAGUUUAAGACUGCAACUCUGUACUGUUCCGAGGAUUCUCGUUUGUUAAAUGUCGUGACGUUUUAUUGCUUCUCAUUAACCAUUUUGCGUCAACUAUGAACUCGAUUCCGAUUUCAAUAUUAAUUUUAAUUUUCAGAUUAUAGCUUAUUAUAAGUAUAAUUUUAAUUCUGGAAACCCUCUAAUUUUAUUUUAUUAAAGUCUAUUUUAGUCUCGAUUCUUUGUAGUCUAUUGAAUAUAAUUUUAAUUUAAAAAUUUUAUUUGUUGAACAAAGUUUUUCUGUGUAUAUAUGUAGAGACAAACACGACGAUUGACAAAUUCGAACGGUAGCUUGUAAUACUCGAGUGCACAUCGGAACGGACGUACGAGACUCGAUUGAAUCAGGCCAACGGUUAAUGAGAUCAAUAAAAGCAUCGAGUCACGACACGCGGCAUGUCGCGAGGACCCCGGCCGGGAUGGAAAGGUGCUAUUUUAUGAAGAUUCGUUUUAACGUUACGUAUCUAGAUUAUAGUUCGCUCUCGCUGCACAAAUCGCCAUGCUAUAAGUGAUCGUUAAGUACUUGUUAAUACGAACACGUUGUUAUCGUUGCUUGGGUUGCCGUUAUCGUUUUUAUUAGUACUAUUACGAAUUUAAAAAAAUGCGAUAACGAUACGCUAAUAUAAUUACGAAGUAUUAUAAUGACAGAUCAUGCGAGAAAAAGCCCGCGUUUCAUUUUGCAAACAAUGGUGACAUAAAAAUCGUCUUUAUUACAUCUAUUUAUGAAUAUUUAAUUCAGAGAUAGAUUUAUAAAUCCAGAGAUUCAUACAUUUAAAAAGCCAUGUUGAAGAGCCCAUCUGUCCUCAUAUAGUAAUUUAUAGAAAGAAAGCUGUACACGUAAUUGUCACUUUUUGCAAAAUCCAAACGUUGGAUGUGCGUUCGCUCGCUAUCGGUACAAGUGCGUUUCUCUCUUUAGAAUCUACGAUCGUCUUCGACGAUUGCUUGUUCGCGCAAGGAAGAGAAAACGGACAAAACUUAUUAUAACGAAGAUAUGUGUCAAUUUUUAAUGUACCAUACAAAUAUACGUUGUAGUCGAUAAACAAUUUUUAACGGUGUGUGGCGCGAAAUGCUUCGUGCACCAUGACACGAUGAUCCGACGUGUCGUCGAGAAUGAUAUUCUCGUCAUUACUAUAUUACGCUAAACUACUACGAGGUAUACGAAGAAUGCAAAGUCGAAGCUGCACGGCAUAAAGAAUAAAUUUCAUUCCAGUACAUUUUCACAUUUAUAUAUCGACCGUUUUUUUUUCAAACGCAUAAUGUGUUCGAAUUCCGUCGAAUAUUGAGCAAACUUUUUUUCAAAGUUUAUCGUUAUCUCGUUGCUACAUUUUUUUCAUGACUCAUUUAAUUUGCGAAACUCUAAUUAUUGUUAUAGUCUGUAUUAUCUUCGCUAGAAAUAUUGCGAGUAACAUGACUCAUUCCGUGCCAAGUAGCAAGUAAUUGGAAGCCACAAUUACGAGCGAAUGUGUGAUUUAGAUUUUAAUUAAUAUUAUAUUACAUAUAAUUACAUAUACAAAUUAAAUAUUAAAUUAUCUAUUUUAUCUUUUAGGUAUAUAUACAUAUAUAUAUACAGAUGAUUACACUAUAGUAGCCGAAAUUAUGCGUGGAAGUUGCUAAAAAACAUUUAUUGCACAGAUUAUAAUAAGGAUGUAGAUUCAUUCGCACCCGAAAGCGAAAGGUUUGACAUGUACCGAGUGUGCGCAUAGUUCAUUCGCAUCCGUGCCAAGAGAAUCGUGAGUUAUAUACCGCUAUAUACACUUUUUUGCUUUUGUGAUAUAUAUCGUGUAUCGGAAUGAUAUAUUUUAUAUUCGUAAAACACGCGCGUUUAUCGGUGCAAUAGUCCACUAUGAUCCUCUUUAACGCGACUUUUUAUAUGGAUAAUUUUACAUAAAGCGCACCAGAGGACAACUUACUUUCUCCAUUUCUCUUCCGCGCACAUCUACACGUCAUUUCCAAGAUAUGCAUCCAAUGCAAUUUUCAUAUUCGAAAUAUUUGUAUGACGAGUAAUAGUAUCGCGAUGUGGUUUACAUAAACCUACCAUAACGAAAGAGAUUUACUCGUUAAUUUACACGUCCGCGAUUAUAGCGCGACUGGCUCCGUCCGCCGUUAGCAUUUACUUCCAUCACUUUACUUAUCUUUCAUUUCAACUAAAAAUCGAGAGUUUCAUUCGUUGUCAUACAAGUGAGGAAAUCUAUACGUAAUGAGAUGAGGAAGGAGAGAAAAAAUGUUGAAGAAACGGCUCAGAAACCGGCGCGGAAUUUCGACAUGCCUUUUUUCUCGGCGUCUCUCGUACAGUUCGCGAAAACGUAGUUUUCCCCGAGGAAGUAACAAUAACAAGGACACCUCAUUUUAUCGUAUCGUCCGCGCGAAUCAGUCUCAGGUUGCCGACCGACAGAUUUAUUCGCAUUAUUAUAUUACGAGCUCAUAACUGAUAAGCAACGGUCGACACCGUGUGCCGACAUUACGAAGAGAAAGAAAAUAAAUGCGUGCCAAAGUAACCCCGAUUACAAGGGAACGAACGAUGUUUUACGAAAGAAAAAGAGAUACGCGAAGUGUGGGAAGCUGCUUCGGACGCGAAACGCGCGACCAAUAAGUCUUUCGUCGUUUUCGGAAAAUCGAGAAACACAACUUGUCGCAAUCUACAUCGAAUUUUUGACCUUCGUUUAAUUCAUCUAUUAAGAAAGGGAGAAGAAUGUGUCUUUAGGUACUAAGCAUUUUUAUCAGAGAAUAUAUGGUAUAACAAAUAUAAAAAAAAUAAGUAUAAUUUUCACUACGUAAAAAUAUAAUCUCGAAACUUUAUUUUGAUUUUUCAAAUUUUUUAAGCAAGCUUUGCUACGCCUCGUUUCUUCAAUCUUUCCCUUUCUCGAAGGUCCCGAAAAUUCGAUGAUAAUCGCAAGUUUCGCGACAGUCUGCGAAUGUCGAGGGACUUGAGCCUGAUCGUCCGCUUCCAGCCUUAUUCAGUUGGCCUCUCUCCUUCCAUCACUAAAAUAAAAAAAAAACUAAUAUCUUAGAAUUAACAGUUACAUCUAAGAGCUUUCAAAUCUUAUAAGUAAAAAAUAUUGACCAUCACACGGAACAGAAAUUUUCUCUUUUUUUUUUGUAAGGAAGCUGAAUGAAAGUUUAUUAAAAAAAUAACAGUUUUACUAUGAAUAAAGAGCCCAAAAUUUUUAACUUGCAACGUUCAAAAGCUCUUACUUAAAUAAUUUUUUAUUUUAAGAUAUUAAUUUUUUUAUUUUGUCGUAGUGAGGGCAGAGAGAGAGCACAACUGAACAAGGGUUUCGCUUUCGUGUCCGUCGCGAGCGUGAACUAGUUGUUACAAUCUUUUAACUGUUGAAUUUUUGCUGUAGCAGUAAGUGUCUUAACGUAUACCUUAUAUAUAAACUACACGAUAAUAUAUUCUAUAUUAAUGUUUCUUAGAUUUAAAUCUAAUAAUUCGGACGGACGUGUUUAUACGACGAACAUCGUCGUCGUUUAUCGCGCUCGAGUAAACGCGAAUUGAGACGCUCAAUAAGCUGGAAUCUGCGAAACAAAGUCAGUUAUUUACGUCAUCGCGAGAUCUUAUCGAUGGUAACGAGAGAGGAUAAAGAAUGAAGAGGGUUAAAUGUUUCAAUACAGAGAUAUUAACCUUUAAGCGACAAUGAUGCGGAAUUGGUGGCACUUGAAAGUAAAACAUUGUGAGAGAACUGGAAAUUUCAAGAUUAUCCUCAUGCCAAAUGACAAGUGCAAUUGCACUUCAUAUUUAACGGAAGAUAUUUAUAAAACUGAGAUACUUAAGAAAAAAAGUAUUCUCUCUAUUCUAUAUCUAAAGAGAUUCUCUCAAAUGUAUAUAACAUUUUUUUUUAACUAGAAAAAAUUUUAUUGAUUGUUUGUAUCGUGUAUUUAUUUUUAUUCACAAAUGAUUAUAGUUAUUGUAUUCUUUUCUUUAUUUUGUAUUAUAGAAAAAAUUAAAUAUGUACGUAAAAAAUGAUUGGGCAUUAAUAAGCUUUCUCAUUCGACGCGAAAGUUGCGAAGCGACGAAAAAUUCGUCGUAAAACGUCCGGCCGGUCGUCUUAAAAAUUAAUACAAUCUAAAUGUGAUAAUAUAUUUGCUAUUGAAUUAUGACGUAACGAUUACAUUAUAAUUAAUUGACACCGCGCGAAAAAAAAAAACGUACGAAGAACAAAGAGAAAUGAGCAAUUUAAGAGUCCGUCUACACGAACAAAGCUGGCGUUACACAAGCACGAGUGAUCUGAAUGUUCGAAAUCCGAGAACUUUCCUGCGCAAAAUAUUGAUCGGUUGAACGAGUACAAAGCGAUUAGAAAAUCGACAUUGUCAAAAUCCAAUCAAAAUCGAAUGAAGAUGGAUGUGAAAUUCUUGCGAAUCAAUUAUUUGCGUUUCUUUAACAUCAUCUUUUCUCAAAUGUUAAGUUUUAUUUUUGAGUCUCAAUCAUAAUUAAGAGCGUAAAUAAUUUUGUGUAGUGAUAAAUUAAGAUAAUAAUGUUAAAAAUUAUUUAAAAGACAGCAAAAUAUCUCAGAGAUAUUUAAAUCAGAUUCUUUAUUUUUCACGUAUUAUAUAUUUAUAUUGAUUAAUAUUUCGGCAUUCUUAUCCCUAAUUAAUGUUUCUAAUUUUUUGCCACCGCAAACUUGACACUCAAGCGCAACGGAUUAAAAUUAAAAUCGAGUCACAUCACCCUUGCUGACUCUGGCAGAAAUUCGAAUAAAAAGAGAAGUGCGAAGCCGCGUUUUGCUUGCCAAAGAAUAAAGACUCUUGCGCUCUACGCAUAAUAUAUAUACACACAAAUAUAUAAUUAUAUAAAUGUACGUGUAUGUGUGUGAGUGUGCCUAAAAAUUUUUUCCUUGGACUAAUCUCUUACACUUUCUAUGUCACUGUCUCUCUCUAUCUCUCUCUUUAUCUUGCGCUCUUAAAUCACAUGUUCCAGUCAUAAGCGAUUUCGAAGGACUAUUGUUGUAGUCCGACGAUUUCGAAUUAUAAAACAGACUCAAGACGCCUCGUAUCCAUGUGAUCGGUUAAAAUCAUUUCUAUUAUUACAAUCGUAACAUUAAUUUUUAACUUGAUAUUUUGUUUCAUUUGCUAAGAUUACGAUAAUCUAUAAUAACAGCAUUAAGAAAGCUAUUUAGAUUAUAUAGAUUUUGCGGAUUUAAUAAUUUAACAAUAUGCUAUUACAUAUAUUCUUUUUUCAUAAAUAUACUCGGUGAUGUAUUAAACAUUUUUAUUAUAGAGACGGAAUAUAUAUAUUAUUUUAUUUGCAUUUUUUGCAAAAUGCAUUGGUACGAGGUGUCAGAAACCUAUUAUUAAUUUGAAUUAAAGCGAGGAAAAGAGGUUGGACCGUUUAUGUCAGCCUUUACCCGAUAAACUUCGCCAAAACUUUAUUUCUCUUAAUCGUCAAUUAAUAACUAGCAAAAAUAUGUCAAAUUAACAAAAAUGUAUUUUUGUGUUGUACAUAACUGUUACGCAUUUAUUAUAAAAAUAAGCGAGAAAUAAUUGAAAAUAAAUUAAUUACAUCGAAGUAAUUUGCUUUUUCCAUCGCGACGAUGUAAAACAUAUAUACGUAUGUAUAUAAAGCUCGAUUUCUCUUCAUCGAAAAGGCUUUAAGCGAAGUUGCGUUAUCGGUCGAAGGCUGACCGCAUUGUUUAAAGAUUAUCUCUCUGUGUUCCGACAUAAUAGUAGAUAUUCCGUCGAUCGUUCCUCUUUAUGAAAAAAACGAAAAAUAUAAAGCACGCGACCAGUGUACGCACCGCACGCAUUCACGAUGACUCCUAACUCGAGAUAACCGCGAGCGAUCUCACUCCUUUCCGCAAAGUAUACGACGAAAGUAAACGCGCGUUCCAAUCUUUGCCUCCGCAACUCAAAAAAGGAAAAAAAAA